AUGGAUGCCCGUGGUGAGGAAGCACGACAUGAUCGUGGCAUGCGAGAUCGCGUGUUCCGGUGGGCAGGGCGCAAAGUAAACCAAUUCUUGGAAAGUGACAGUACACCGACUCCGUUAUCGACACCUGGUCACCACAAUGAAUCAAGCCAACAGGGCUCAAGUCAUGGUCAAGAUCCAAUUCAACCUCAGCAGUCCGACCCUCGGCGUCUACUUUUCAAGGCUUCACCUCUACCAGUGCUGGGCACAACUACAAACGCCUCUCGUGCCGCUUACAGUCCCAGGAAGCCUUACCCACCCAAUAUCACUGUCUCUUGUGUCGACUUCCUAGGCGAAGUACACAGCGCUACCACCUACGUCAAACGCGACCUCGGCUUUCAAGGCCAGAUUGGCUCGUUUGUUCUUCUGUCGUACGGCGACACAAUGUACUCCGACGCAAAUUACUCGGACAAGUGGCGCGGCAUGACAAGCGAUUCAGUCGCCUUGGCCACUCAUGACCCUCUUGUCGUCGUCGAUCCCGUGCUCAACCAGCACGGCUACCCUCCACAAUUCUGCCCCAUCAUCGAUUCAUUCGGCGAAGAUGCCUCGGAGUGCGCUUUAGGCAUAACCAACGUCGUCCAGACCACAUCGGCCGACGACGGCGUCCUGUUCUUUCUCCUGAAUCAUCGGCCCGAUGGGAAAAACAAUCUCGUCGGCGCAGGUGUGGCAAGCGUCCACCUCGACACAUCCAGAUACCCGCCCGCCCCUCACAUCCGGCGCCUAGCGAGGUUCUGGUGGGACGCAUCACAGGAGCCAUGGUACGGUGACAUAUGCGCACUUCGGCAUGACGGGUACGUCUACGCGUAUGGCCACGGCGGACACGCCGACCAGAAUCCCUGGGUCUAUGUCGCGCGCGCAAGGCUCGAAGAGGCAACCAACCUGGACUGUUACGAGUAUUGGAACGGAGAGAGCUGGCAGCGGGAGCGACUCAAGACGAAGGAUCUCAGCGAGAAGGAGAGCGUCUUUUGGCAGAUCAACCAGGGCCAAGUCGUUUGGAACGAGUACCUAGGUUGUUUUAUCUUUGUGUACUGCGACAACUGGAUGAACUCGAAGGUGUUGAUGAAGACCGCCCAAAACCCCGAGGGACCCUGGAGCGAGGCUGUCGAACUCUACCAGGCGACGCCGGUGAGUGACGGUGGUGCCAUAUACGCGGCUAUUCCGCACGAUUACUACGAUCGAGAUGGGCCAACGUUGGUGGUUACAUUUACGAAUCACCCAAACACGAUACAGGCGGUGAAGGUCACGUUUGGAUGA